AUGCCUGAGAAGAAGUUGUGUAAAUUCUAUCAACAGGGAAACUGCCGUUAUGGUAAAAACUGUAGUUUUUCCCACGAAGAAUCGGCUUUACAGCGAUUCUUAGCACCUAGAGCUAUCGAAAGUAGAAGUACAGAGAUUAAAAAUGACAUGCAAGAUUAUAGACAAGGGCAUUAUUUCACCCAGCCGUUACUUUCUAGUUAUGGAUUGGAGUCACCAGCGGUAAAUAACUUGAUUUCUGGGAGAGAUAUGUCGCCUGAAGAAUUAAGAAUUCAGUAUCUAGAGGCUGUAUCAACAAACUCGAUAGAUCAAUACAAUAAAAUGAUAGAGGCAAGAGUGAAUGAUAUGAAAUAUUGUGCCAACUUUUUGAGUGAUAAGGCUAACCUAGCUGUUAGAUAUCAACAAAAAGCUGCAGAAAUGCCUAAUUCAACGCCAAAACCAUUCAUAAAUCGUACUGUGGAGCAAAACAUCGAAGAGUAUAAGAAUAAUCCUUCGGGAUUCAAUAGCGGACAGUCGAAUCCUUUCGGGAGCUCUCAAUCAACAGGCUUUGGUGGGAAUGUGAAGGGAGGUGCAUUUGGCUCUAUCGCAAAUCCAUUUGCAUCUAACAAUACUACAGGUGCUAACAAUAAUAAGUCGCCAUUCCAAAGUAUUGGGGCCGGUGGCUUUGGAAGCUCUGGGUUUGGCGGUGGUCUGCAGCCCUCUGGAUCUGAAAAUUCAGCGUUUGGCAGUGGUUCUGGUUCAACAGCUUUCGGAUCAUCAGGGUUUGGGUCUGCUAGACCGGCAUCUGGUACAGGUACUUCAGCUUUCGGUUCUGCAGCAUUUUCUUCUGGAACAGGUACCUCAGCAUUUGGGUCUUCUGGAUUUGGAACCACAGCCAAAGGAGGCUCGCCUUUUGGGAGCUCUUCACUUGCAAAUAAUGGGAAUUCAACUCAGAAAACGUCUCCAUUUGGAAAUGCUGGUUUUGGAAGCACCCUGAACUCAGCAGGUAACUCUGCAUUUGGUAGUACGGGCUUUGGCAGCUCUAUGGCCCAAAAUCAGCAAAAACCAGGUUCAGUAUUUGGAUCAUCCAAUCUUGGUGGCUCAAGCAACGCUACGACGCAAGGAUUUGGCUCCUCGGGCUUUGGAAGUUCAGGAUUUGGUUCCGCCGGAUUCGGCUCUGGGAACCAAUCUUCGCUGCCUUUUGCCUCUGCUGGACUUAGUAAAACGUCUACAAUCAAUGGAUCUCAAGGAUUUGGUGCUUCAGGGUUUGGUCAAUCGAAUAAAGCGAACCCCCCUUCUGCCAAUUCACAAGCAGCGUCACCUUUUGGAACACAGUCUGCCUUUUCGAAUAAUACCAAUGCACUACCAACCAACAAUUCAAGUGGAUUCGGGGCCUCUGGUUUUAAUGGAGGUGCACAGGCAUCUCCGUUUGGGUCAGUUCAGGCCUCGAGCUCUCCAUUUGCGAGCCAAGGAAACACUGCAGGUGCUACUUUCAACAAUGGUCCUCAAUCAUCACCAUUUGGCCAUCUAAAUAAUGUUCACCAGAACUCUUCUGGUUCUCAAGAUGCUCAAGCUGCUCUAAAAGAUGUGGAACCGUACCUAAUUGAAGCAUUUAGCGGAUCCACCUUCAAGUUGGGCGACAUACCAGAAAUAGCCCCUCCAAUUGCACUUUGCUGA